AAACCACACCUACGAAUACAAAAUUAAGAAAAACACAAUAUUUUAACGUGGUUCGACAAUUAAUAUGAUCCUUACGUCCAUAGAGUAUAUCAACACUCAAUAAUCUCUACGAGUUCAAUCCCUACAAGCUCAAUGGGAAGUUCAAUCCCCGACAUCUUUGCAAAGUGCAACAAAACUUAUUGCUUCACAAUCCUACAAUACCAAGCAUCAAAACAUGUAAAAUUUUAAUAUAUUUUGCAUGCAAAUUACAUGUCCAAAUACCUGCAACAAAGGAGAUGUGAUUGACAGUUGUGGACCACCAAUCGGCAUGGUUACAACCACGAUUCAUCAUGGUCAAUGGAAUCAUAUGCUUCACCCAAUUAUAUAUAUAAUUAAAUUAAAAAAUAAUUUUAUAUAUAUAAUGACACCAGGCCAAGACCAUCGUCAUCUUGUAUAUAUAUAUACAUAUAUAUCUAAUGACAUCAGGCCAAGACCAUCAUAAUCUUGUUUCAAGUUGAUUAACCUUACACUCCCAUUAUUGUCCUUGAAUGGGCCAUUCAAGGCAUGAUGAUUUGAGCAGCGACAAAGUUGUUACAGGGCAUGAGUGUGUCCCUGCACUUUUAUAAAGCAAUAAUUAUUUGUAUGAAAAGAAAAAAAAAAUUCAAAGCAACUGAGGGCAGCCAUGGAAGUACAGCAAGUUCUUUGUAUGAAUGGAGGAGAUGGAGAAACCAGCUAUGCUAAUAACUCACUAUUCCAAAAAAAGGUGAUAUUGGAGGUGAAGCCCAUGCUGGAAGAAAGCAUCACAGAGCUAUACUGCACCACCUUCCCUGAGUGUCUAAAAAUUGCAGAUUUAGGAUGCUCUUCGGGGCCCAACACCCUUUUACCCUUAUGGGAGAUUGUGGAGUGUAUCGGCAGAAGCUGUGUUCGGUUGAGCCGGAAACCACCUAUGUUUCAAGUGUUCUUGAAUGAUCUUCCACAUAAUGAUUUCAACUCCAUUUUUAGAUCCUUGGGGAGCUUCUAUGAGAAACUAGAGAAGGAGAAGGAGAAGGAGGGGGGGAAGUUUGGAGAAUGUUUGAUUGCAGGAAUGCCAGGAUCUUUCCAUAAGAGGCUGUUUCCUGACCAUUCUAUCCACUUUGUUCAUUCUUCCUAUGGUCUGCAUUGGCUCUCUCAGGUACCUGAAGGGCUGGUGAGUGAAUCGGGUACUCCAUUGAACAAAGGGAAUAUCCACAUAGCAGAGCCAAGUCCUCCUGGUGUCCAUAGAGCAUACUUGAAUCAAUUUGAGAGAGAUUUCACUGCAUUUCUGAAACUACGCUCCCCGGAGAUCAUUCCUGGAGGUCGAAUGCUCCUUACCCUGCUAGGCAGUGAACCCAAACAUUUCUGCAAAAUCUGGGAAUUAAUUAGUAUCAGCCUACAUGAUCUUGUCAUAGAGGGGUUUGUUCAAGAAUCCAAGUUAGACCGAUGCAAUAUUCCAUUGUAUAUGCCUACAGCAGAGGAAGUAAGGGAUGUGGUUCGAAGAGAAGGUUCCUUCAAUCUUCUCCGCCUUGAAACUUUCAGGCUGGAUUGGGACGCACACAUUGAUGAUGGAAACAAGGACCUAGUGUUCGACAGAUUUGAAAGAACCAAGUAUGUGGUAAUGGGCAUGAGGGCCGUUGCAGAACCGCUUCUAAUAAGCCAUUUUGGAGACGGGAUCAUGGACGAUUUGUUCCAUAGGUUUUUCAUGAAGGUGGCGGAUGACAUAGAGGCCGGGAAAGAUAUUUGCAUUAAUCACACCGUGUCCUUGACCAAGGUAUGAAGCAUUUCGUAGUGAAAAUCUAUUUCCAUGAGUUUAACUAUUGUCAUAUCUCGCAGCAGAACAAAAGUUCAUGUCAUCAUAUAUGUAUGAAUUCCUUUUAAUCGUGUAGACACGUUUUAAAAGACGGAAAUGGUAAAUGAUCAUUGGACCUAA